UGUGGUUCUCUGGCAGUAAUUCUGGUUUCUUUCUUUCCAAGCUUCGAAACAACAUCCCUUUAACCCAAGCCAGCAUCUAUCUUUGAGCCUAUAUAGUAUAUAUUAUCUGGGAUAUAUAUUAUAUCACUCUUCCCUCCUCACCUCGAUAUAUGUGUCAACGCUUACUUUCUCACAUUCUAUAAAUGUCAUCAAUGUUCGUACAAGACCAACAUGCGGGUUCUGGCGCAGGUCAACCAUCUCAACAAAAACCAGAUCAAUCUCGGCCGAAGAGACCACGUUCAAGCUUGGCUUGUAUUCGGUGUCGAAAGAAGAAGGUCAAAUGUGAUUUUGUCCAGCCUACAUGUGGCCGUUGUUCAAUUGCUGGACUUCCUUGUAGUUAUGCUACUCCACCUCGACGUGUAGAUGGCCAUGCCUUCGAUCAACUUGGUAACCACGUUGAGGAAUUGAAAGAAAGGAUGCAAAAAAUGCAGUCAGAGUUGGCCAAAAUGAAGAACAAUCUGCAUCCUUUCAAUCCCUCUUCUUCUAAUGCCUCUGGCUCAAAUCAAACCGAGGAAGAAGACAAUCGCUAUAGCCCUAAUUUCGAUCCUCUCAGUCAACACCAAUUUAACCCACGCAAUAGCAUGAGUUUGAUUGCCCCUCCGCCUCAAAUGCCUCCUGCCCAACAACAACCAGUCACUUGGAAGCUAUCUUUAUCUCCAUCUGGUCUCCGCAUCGAUACCAAUAUCGCUAGUGUGGCCGAUUUAUACCGAAUUCUGUUGAAUGGUAUCUCCCAGUUGAACAUCAAUACCGAUUCUACUAAUUUGUUCAGUACGGACUCCAUUCGUGGUGAAGGUAGCAAGUCACGCUCAAAGGGCUGGAACAAGAAAGCUUCAAAAGCUAUUGAGACCGCAGGCCCUGCUGGCGUUGCUGGUGAUACCAAAGCAAGCCCUCCUGUCGGAGUGGCGCCCGAUUCCACAACAGGCAAUGCACAAGGCAGACUGUGGGAGGUCGAUGAUCGUGAAGCCCGUGCUAUUCAGCAAGAGCGUAUUAGACAGAAAAACGAGUCGGAAGGAGUACCGCAGCAUACACUUGAUCACCUCAUGCACAACACCUAUCAUCGCUGCUUUAUGGCCUACGAAAUCGUUGACAAAGAAACUUUCAUGGAGCAAUAUUCAUCUGUGCAAGGCCUGGACCCUCUGUUGUUGAACUCCAUCUAUGCUUGGGCAUCUAAACAUGGAUGUAUUUAUCAUAAUGUAAACUCAGAUCGAGAUCCUACUACCAUGGGCGAUCCAUAUUUCAAGAAUGCUCGACAACUGCUUAAAAAGUGCUUUGAUGUCAGCUCUCCUACCACUAUUCAUGCGUUACUCAAUCUUUACAUGUAUCAGCUCAGUAGUGAACGCUCUAGCUUGGCCUAUCUUUAUAUUGGUCUUGCUAUUCGUAUGGCUCAAGAUCUCAAGUAUCACAAGAAGGAUUACGUUCCUGCAGACCCAAAGCAACGCGAAACAAGCAAGCGACUUUGGUGGUCCGCUUACUGGCUUGACCUGUGUGCUGCUUUAGAAUCCAACAGACCCACUAUGGUGGAUGACAAAGAUUGUGAUAUUGAUUAUCCAGUUAAAUUGGAUUCAGAAGAUGAUGAAACUGGUUACCGUAUUGAUUUCUGUGUGCAUUCCAUCAAGUUGAUGAAGAUUCGCAAAGACAUCACCAAGCAUUUACCUUCUGAGCAAUCUGGUCAGUCGCUGCUCUCCGCCAUUUCUAAACUUGAAAAUUCAUUGACCAACUGGUUAAAUGAACUGCCUCAAUAUCUUCAUUUCGAACAAGAUGAAACUUUGCAAAAAACCGGCACCUUCUGUGAUGAGGCUAGACUGAUAUUGAACAUUCAAUACCAAACCACCUGGAUCAUGCUUCAUCAAUUCUUCCUUCCCAAACAAGAUCAGACCGCUACUCCAGUGGCGCUAUUAUCAUUGAACAUUUGCACCAAGUCCGCCAAUUUCAUUACGCGAAUGCUUGACAUCUACGCCAAUAACCUCAGUUGGUGUCAAUUCUUCCAUAACAUGGACGGUAUCAUUGCUAGUGUCGGUAUACAUCAAGUGAAUGCUCAGUCUAGCGAGAAAGAGGUUGCUUUGCUGGCAAAGCGUAAUCUGAUCAUCACUUCCAACGUACUUCGUGAUUCACCUUUGGUAUAUAUGGAGAAGAUCAAUGAGAUUAUUGACAGUAUUGACGAUUACAUGCGUAAGAACAACUUCCCAACUGAUUUGAAUCAACUUCCCGCUGUCAGUGAGAAUUCCGUCAAUCAGCAAUCCAUUUCGUCUGUUUUCCAUCCUGCCAUCUUUGAAACUUCACCAAAGCCAAAAGCUUCCCCCAACUCAGGUUCGCUCAAUCAGUUUGGUCAAAUGAAGUCCCCGCAAGCCAGUCACCAGCCACCGUCUAUGAUGAGUCCUGGUAUGCCAGGUAUGGGCCAAGCACCGCAAAAGCAGCAGCAGCAGCAACAACAACCCAAGGUACCAGGAGGCCAGCAACGUAUACCCAAUCAACAAGGCGUUCGAAUGCAAAGUGGCUCUUUCCAACAGCAGCAACAAAACAACACUGGUAUGCCAACCAAUGCGGGUAUGCAAAAUAUGAUGACCAGUAUGUCCAUGCCUUCAGGGUCAUUUAUUGCACCUCAAAUGCAAAAUCCUGGUCAACUUGAUAACCAGAAUUCGGCCGAUAGCGUUUUGCUGGAUUCCAACAUGCAGCUAUUCAAUGACCCAGGUCUAGUCAGUGGCUUCAACAUCGAUGGCAGCAAUGAUAAUGGAAAUACCGAUAUGAGUCAAUUGUUGUUCCGCAACGUUGGGGUCAAUCUUGUUGAUCCGUCUGGCAAUUUGCAAAAUGCUCAGCAUCUUUUCCAACCCAUGAGUUCACCUUUUGAACAUCCAAAUUCAAAUGCCUUCAUGUCACCGCAAGCUGGUCAACAAAAUUUUGCUCCUUCUUCACGAACCCCCACUCCCAGCGCUUCAUUCAAUCAGUCUAAUGUACCUACUUCUACUGCUGGCCCUAAUUAUUUUGAUCAAUCUCGACCCAAUGCCAAUGCUCAGCAAUAUCAACAAUACCUAGGAGCUCAUAACCUAUUCCAAAAUAUGCAGCAGCAACAGCAGCAACAGCAAUCACAAGCUCAACAAACAUCACCACAACCUUUUGCCAGCUCAAUGAUGGGACGACCUCCUUUCGCUGGACAACAAACACAGCUUGGCAUACAAGGUGAACAUGGUGAUCAGCAGUCGCCAAGUGGCACAGGUUUUGUUGGAGGAGACACCGGUAACUUCUUUGAUCAAAUGAACAUGGAUCCAGCUACCAUGAGCGCUCUUUUCUAUGGUACACCCGUGGUGGGUAACGGACCCGAAGGAUAUGGAGACUUUUCAUUUGGAAGUGGUGGUCAAGAUCUUGGUGGAUUUACUGGCCUUGAUCCAAACCUACAGCAACAGCAAGAGUUCACCCACCUGAAUGGGAUGAAAAUGCAUAGACUAACACGCCAACAAUCAGUACCAAAAACACCAUCCUUAUCAAAAGAAAACCACAAAAAAAGGGGAAUUUUUCAACUUUCUUAUAUUCUACUCUUGUAUUUUGAGCACGCCGUUGUUUGUUACUCGCUGCACCUAGUUUUGCUGUUUCUUUGUGAAGAUACCUUAUAAAUUUUUUUUUUAUUUCCUCUCUUAUCUCUUUCUUUUUUCUUCUCCUAUGUAAUUGCUUCUUCUUUCUUCUAUCUUCAAUCUAUAUAAAAGAGCAUCUUUUUAUAUAUCGCGGUAGCCUGCAUAUUAAAAAAACAAAAAACAAAGGGCAACUGGGUCAUAC